AUGACCAUGGGUAAACCAAAAGCUCCGAGACGAACCCUAGAGUCAUACUCAGUCAAACACAUGAACAAACCUAUUAAAGCUGGGGAUUGUGUGCUUAUGCGUCCUUCUGAACCGUCGAAACCGUCCUAUGUGGCUAGGAUUGAAGGGAUCGAAGCUGAUUCACGAGGUGCUAAUGUGAAAAUUCAUGUCCGUUGGUAUUAUCGACCAGAGGAGUCUCUUGGUGGCCGGCGUCAGUUUCAUGGUUCGAAAGAGGUUUUUCUCUCCGAUCACUUUGAUGUUCAGAGUACUGAUACGAUUGAAGCAAAGUGUAUUGUUCACAGUUUUAAGAGCUACACUAAACUUGAUGCCGUUGGUAAUGACGAUUUCUUCUGCCGCUUUGAGUACAAUUCCGCUACUGGUGCUUUCAAUCCAGAUAGAGUUGCCGUGUAUUGUAAAUGUGAGAUGCCCUACAACCCAGAUGAUCUUAUGGUUCAGUGUGAGGGCUGCAGUGAUUGGUUUCAUCCGGCUUGUAUAGACAUGACUGUAGAGGAAGCCCAGAGACUCGACCACUUCUUUUGCGAAGGUUGUUCGGUCGAAGGUCAGAAACAGUUGCAAAAUGCUCACUCUGCUACAAGACCCUCGGAUACAAAGGUGGAUACUAAACGGCGUCGAAGGUAA